CCUCCGCCGCCGCAUCAGAAGCCCGAAAAUGUCCUGAAGCGAGCUCACGAGCUCAUCGGGGUGAACCAGGCUCCGGCCGCCCUCACCCUGCUUCACGAGCACAUCACCAACAAACGAUCCCGCAAUGUCCCUAUCGCCUCGCUGGAGCCCGUGAUGCUCCUCCUCGUCGAACUCUCCGUCGAGCAGAAGAAGGGAAAGCUUGCCAAGGAUGCCUUGUACCAGUACAAGAACAUCUCACAGAACACCAACAUCGCGACCAUCGAGCUGGUCCUCAAGAAGUUUAUCGAGCUAGCCGUCGAGAAGGUGACCGCUGCCCAGCAGAAGGCCGACGAGGUCCAGUCCAGCAUCGAGGCCACUGCCACUUCCAACAUCGAGGAUCUCGAGGCCACGGAGACCCCCGAGUCUAUCCUCCUAGCCACUGUCUCGGGCGAGCAGUCCCGCGACCGUACCGACCGUGCCAUCGUCACCCCUUGGCUCAAGUUCCUCUGGGAGGCCUACCGCACCGUUCUCGACAUUCUGCGCAACAACGCCCGCUUGGAGAUUCUUUAUCAGAGCACCGCCAUGCAGGCCUUCGACUUCUGCCUCAAGUAUACCCGCAAAACCGAGUUCCGCCGUCUCUGCGAGCUCCUGAGGAACCAUGUCCAGACUGCUGCCAAGUACUCGUCGCAGAUGCACGCCAUCAACCUGAGCGACCCCGACACCCUCCAGCGCCACCUUGAGACCCGCUUCCAGCAGCUCAAUGUUGCUGUUGAGCUCGAACUCUGGCAGGAGGCCUUCCGCAGCGUCGAGGACAUUCACACCCUCCUCAACCUCAGCAAGAGGCCCCCCAAAAACAUCAUGAUGGGAAACUACUACGAGAAGCUCACCCGCAUCUUCCUCGUCGGCGAGAACUACCUCUUCCACGCCGCUGCUUGGUCCCGAUACUAUACUCUGCUCCGCCAGUCCGCCACCAUGGUGGCCUCUGGCCAGAGCAAGAAGUCCGACAACCCCCCGGUAUCGGAUGCCGACCUUCAAAAGGCCGCCUCGUUCGUGCUCCUCUCGGCCCUGGCCAUCCCCGUCAUCAGCACCUCGCGCUCGCGCGGCGCCAUGGUCGACUUCGAUGAGGCCAGGAAGAACAAGAAUUCGCGUCUGACUCACCUUUUGGGCAUGAACCAGGCCCCGACGCGCGCUCGUCUCUUCAAGGAUGCAUUGUCCAAGUCACUCCUCCAGAGGGCCCGCCCUGAGAUCAGGGACCUCUACAACAUCCUCGAGGUCGACUUCCACCCCCUAUCCAUCUGCAAGAAGAUCUCACCCAUCCUCACCAAGAUCGGUGCCGAUUCCGAGAUGGAGCGCUACAUCCAGCCCCUGCAGCAGGUCAUUCUCACUCGCCUCUUCCAGCAGUUGUCCCAGGUUUACGAGACAGUUGACCUGAGCUUCGUCGAGAGCCUCGCCCAGUUCCCUGAGCCGUACCAGGUCACCAGGAGCACCAUUGAGAAGUUCAUCAUGAACGGCAACAAGAAGGGUGACCUCUCCGUCCGCAUGGACCACGCCACUGGCGUCCUCAGCUUUGACAACGAUGUCUUUUCCUCCGCCAAGGCUGGCCACGCCGGCUCUGGCUCUGGCUCUGCCGAGUCUGAGACCGGCACCGUCCAACGCCUCCAGAGCACGCCCUCCGAGAUUAUUCGCUCUCAGCUCACUCGCCUGACGCGCAGCCUGUACACCACCUGCCACUACAUUGACCCUGAGUUUAACAAGGCCCGUCUGGCGGCUCGCAGCGCUGCUCUGGCCCGCGCCAAAGCUGGCGCCGAGGAGGAGCACCUUGAGACCGUUGGCCGCAAGGACAUCAUCCAAAAGCGCAAGGAGGAGGCUUCCGAGCUCCAGGCCAAGAAAGAGCAGGAGAACGCCCGCCAGAAGCGCCUUCGCGAGCAGGCUCUGCAGGAGGCUGAGGACCGUCGCCUCGCUGCUGAGCAGAAGGAGCGUGAGGAGAAGCGUAUCAAGGCCGAGCACGACCGCGUCCGCAAGGAGGAGCUCAAGAAGCAAAUCGCCGACCUCAAGAUCAACGACAAAGCUCUCGAUAUCGACCUCGAAGAUCUGGACAAUCUGGACUCGAACCGCAUUCGUGCUAUGAAGCUUGCCCAGCUUGAGCGUGAGAAGAACGACGUCAAUGAGCGCCUCCGCAUCACUGGGAAGCGCAUUGACCACCUUGAGCGUGCCUACCGCAAGGAGGAGGUCAAGAAGCUGAAUGCCGACUACGAGAGGCAGAUUGAGGAGGAUCGUGCCAUCUACGAGAAGGUCAAGGCCAAGACUCUCCAGGACUCUGAAGAGAAGCACAAGGAGAGCGUCGAGCUCAAGCACCGUCUUAGCCGUUUGGUUCCCAUGUACGAAGAGUACCGCUCCUCUCUGUAUGAACGUCGUCGUGAUGAAUUUGAGAAGCGCAGGCGCGAUGCUGAGCGUGAGCUGGAGAAGCAAAUCGCCCUCCGCAAGAAGGAGUUCCGCGAGCGCAAGAUCCGCGAGAAGCGCGAGGCCGAAGAGAGAGAACGCGAGCUUCGCGAGGCUGAAGAGCGUGCCGCGCGUGAGAAAGAAGAGCAGCGCGUGCGCGAGGAGGCCAAGAAGGCAGAGAUGGCCAAGCUCAAGGAGCAACGCGACAAGGAGAGGCAGGAGAUGCUCGAGAAGGCCGCCCUGCAGCAGCGUCGCGAGGAGGAGGCACUGGCACGCCGCAAGGCUGAGAAGCUGGCGGCCUCGACACCGGAACGCGGCAACACGCCCGAAGGUCGCAAGCCCCCCAUUUUUGGCGCUGGCAAGUGGCGCGAGGCGUCCGGAAGGGGGAGCGGCGAGGGCCCUCCUCCUCCUGUGGCCAUGGAGCGCACAGGCUCCAGCGACCGUCCCUCUGGUGCGCCGAGACUCGCUCUUUCAGGUAACAAGCCCAACUGGCGUGAGCGUGAGGCGGCCAAGGCUGCCGGUCGUGGCGGCGCCAGCAGUGACGCCCCGCCCCGUGAUGCCCCUCCCCCCAGGAGGUACGAGCCUCGCGGCGGUGCCGCCAUUGAGCGUGGAGGGUCAAACCGCGGUGACGGUGAACGGAAAGCAUCUCCGGCUCCUAGGGAGAAUCUGACACCCUCCGGUGCAGCUGACAAGUGGGUUCCGCCUCAAUUGAGGAAACGAACAAAUUGA